CCAGCUGGGGAUACGCUUGCUUAUCGUUUGUAUCACCGUCCGACCAUCCGACUGUCGGCUCUCCGACCACCGACUAUGCCAUGUACCACUUUCAUACGAGCAUGCCUAAGGCUAUCCAAGCAUCCAUGGCCUGUACCUAUGAAGCCCCGCAAUAUUUGACCUGCACCCGUAUUUAAGCCCUCUUCGCUCUGCUGUGUGGAACACAUUGCUUCUUUCACAUCACAGACAUUAUAGAAAUAUUCACAUCAUCCUCAGCUGAACAGCUCCAAUAUUGAACUGCAAGCUUGAACCCAUAUCCUACCAUGGAAACCGUGCAGCAUAUCAAGCACUCUGGCCCCGUGCUAGUUGGGAAGAUUUCAUUGAUUGUUGCAUUGGGUCUUGGAGCGCUUGUCCUGAAAUUCACCCUCACCUGCAUCUAUAAUAUGUAUUUUCACCGUUUGCGCACAUUUCCUGGCCCAAGACUAGCUGCAGCCACUGGAAUGCUUUACUAUUACAAAAUUGUCGUCGGCGAUGAGGUUGCAUGGCUAGACGAAAUGCACAAGAAGUAUGGCGAAAUUGUCCGUAUUGGCCCCGACCGAUUGACCUACGUCAAACCCGAGGCCUGGAAAGACAUUUAUGGUGCCACAUUAGGGAAACGCCUAGAGAAUCUAAAAGACCCAGCGACCCUACCAGGACUUGCUAAUGGCGACAAGUCCCUCCCCGCAGAAAUUAACCCAGAAAACCACCGGCCAAGGCGAAGAAUGUACGCGCAUGCAUUCAGCGACAGAGCGUUGAAGGAACAGGAACCUCUGAUUAAAGGCUAUGUCGACCUUCUAGUCAAGAUUAUCAGGGAAGACGUUAAAAAGGAUGCAGAUGUCAAAAUGGAUAUCUCUAAGCUGCUUAACUGUUUUACAUUCGAUGUUAUGGCAGACUUGACGUUUGGGGAGCCACUCGGUUUGCUUCAACAAUCGGAGUACACUCCAUGGGUCGCCCAAAUCUUCCUGCAAGUUCAGAACACAUCACUUAGGCGGCUGGGGAUUGAGUAUAGGAUUAUCGGCGUCCUACUGAAAUAUUUCAUGCCCGAGGCCAUCAAGGAGGGUGCGAAAAACCACCAUCGGCAAUCUGUUGAGCGAGUAGAGAGGCGACUAAGACGAGGCAACGCCAUUGGAAAACCAGAUAUCUGGAAGCUCGUUAUGCAGAACGAAAAGAAUCCGAUAUCGAAAAGCCAGAUGAUAGCUGAUGCAUCCGGAUUCAUGGUCGCUGGAACCGAGACAACGGCCACGACAAUGUCCGCAUUCUUCUACUACAUGCUCCAACACACAAAGCAGAUGCAGCGACUUCAGGACGAGGUGCGUGCACUCAAAAAGGAGGACCUGAAGCUUGAGAGCUUGUUGCAGCUACCCUUUAUGGCUGCGUGUAUAAAAGAGACUAUGAGGAUUUAUCCACCUGCCCCGAUCCCGUUGUUUCGCAGAACCCCAAAAGGUGGCAACAUUGUUUGCGGAGAAUGGAUUCCAGAAGAUACACGCAUCGCAAUACCUCAUCAUGCUGCUUACCACCAUCCUCUCAACUUUAAAGAUCCUGAAUCAUUCGUUCCUGAGCACUGGUUCCCUGGUAAUGGCUAUGAUGACGAUAGGGAAGACGUACUCAACCCAUUCUCCGUUGGUCCUCGCAACUGCAUCGGCCUCAAUCUGGCUUAUCAUGAGAUGCGCAUUAUGCUUGCAAGUCUCAUUUGGAACUUUGAUUUUGAGCUAUGUACAGAGUGCGACAACUGGGACAAUCAGAAGGUGCGCUUCUUUUGGGAUAAGCCGCCACUUUUCAUCAAAGCUAGGUAUAUUAGAUAACUGUUCACAUACCGAAUACGACUAUGCUUUCAUAGCCU